AUGUCUAUAGGACUCCAGCAUUUGCCAUACCUGACCUUAAGGGAGCCGUCAAAUCUAUUGAAAAGCAAUGAAUUCUUCGUCCGGGCAUUAUUGUCAUUCCUGUCGCUGAUAUGCCUGAUCCUAGUGUUGGCUGAGACCCAAACAGCCGCCUGUUCUAAGAGCGACAGACGACUGUCCGAUCAGAUGACUGCCCGUAAUAACAGUCACUCUCGAUUGGGUUUAUUGAAGUUUGUGAUUCUGUUCCUGUCGCUGAUAUGCCUGAUCCUAGUGUUGGCUGAGACCCAAACAGCCGCCUGUUCUAAGAGCGACAGACGACUGUCCGAUCAGAUGACAUGCUAUAAGAUAUACACCGGAGAUCUGUUCCUUCUGUUGGUUAACUUUUGCCACUUAUAUGUCAUCGUCUUAAUGGCCGUCACAUCCCUCUUCUCCAUUACCAGUGAAUCAUUGCUACCGAAGACUACUUUUAUGGGACAGGAAUGUGAAAUACAGGAUUACGUGUUUCAUCACUUGGCGUUUGGUCUAUACCUGAUUGCAGGCGUAUGGGUGCUGAUCGACUCAUUAUCUGAUGGCAGGACUGGUACCAUUAUAACCGGAUCGUUGUUCGCAUUGAUGUGUUCGGCCGGACAUCUCUUUCACGGCAUGUAUUCCUACACUAAAAGUUUGGACGUUUGAGAUGAACAUGGAUUUGAUAUAAAAGCUACCAUUACAUCAAUAUUUGAAACAGUAUUUCAUAAAUUUAAAAUCUAUAAUACUUUCGAUACAAAUAUUAAACAAAUUAU